AACGUCUUCAGUCCACCUUGCCGAUUUUGCGAUGUUAAUCAAAUUUAGAGAGUACUUCUGUUGUGCUGAAUUUCUUUCUACUCAAAUCGUGCGUGCCACUCUAGAGCUCUUAGUGGGUUUGAAGAAGUUCUGGGUUGUCGGUCUUAAAAAGUCUGUGGCACGGGCGUAACGAGUUUAGCCCAGAAUGUGUCUGAUGCAAAUCAGAAAUUUCAAGGAUGGACAGAUCAAUUGCAGGACCCCAGCGCCGAGUAGCAACAAGGAAGAGAAGUCUAACCAACACCAAUGCAAGGAGCAACAUAGCUGCAACAAAGAAACCAAAGGGCGCUGACAGUGAAAACUCUGAGAGACCUCAUAGAACGCACACCUGGUGCAAUAGUAGUACUGUCCACAAUCCUAGUGGAGUACAUUCAGCAGAGACUCAACCAUCAUUUGCUGAAGGGAUGUUCUUAGCUGAUCAUUCGGAUGGGUCAGGAAACACCGAACAGCUCCCUUUAAGUUCAAACUGUACUGCUGCUGUUUCCAAUUCCCCUGCAAAGAUCCAUUCUGAAAUAGAAACCAUCCCUCACAAGAAACCUUUGUUUAAAGCACAAAGUAGAAAUAAUGGAAAUCAGAAAGACUCCACGUUGUCAAGUGGCGGUUGCAUCAGUCAUGGAGCAGCACCCAAGGGAACCCAGGUGCCAAACAGUCCCCUGGUGUGGCCAGAUGAUGCAAAUGACGAGGAAGACUGGAGAUUGGCUGCUGAAAUUGACUGUCAGAAUUCAAGGUCUGCAAGACGAGCAGCCAGUCAAAGAUCAACUGCUGUACAGGAGGAGGAGGACACAUCAUUCUGUUCCAGUCCACUACCGCCCACCCCACAAGUUGCUCGCUUAAAAGCCACCCGGCGGUUGUCAUCAGUUAAACUACAUGCAACUCCGCAUGCUGCCGGCUGCUCACAAACUCAGAACAACUCAUUCACAGAUUGGGACAGCGAGGAUUCCUUCUAUGACAAACUAGACCUGGAUCAACUCAUUGCUGAUUCCCAGACGUCUGAUGUCGGCUGGGCCAGGGUGUCUAGCAAGCACGACCUCCGAGCCAAUGGGGAAUGGCAUGAGGCUUCCUCCCUAGCAAACGCCGGAGAUUGUCCCUCUGAGAAUGAAAAAUUGUCACCCCAAUCUCAAGCCCAUCAGGGGAGCACACAAGAUAAGACUAGGAAAUGUAGCGCCUCAACAGAUAAGGUGCAGACGAACAGUCACAUCCAUGCACCACAACAUCCAGAUAAAGAGGAGAUUAGAAACUCAGAUGCCAAUUCUGUGACUUCAAAACAAGAGAAAUGGUUCAGCCACCUGGGUGAGAAGACCGGAAGCAUGGUUCAGAAUUCAGGAUGUCAUGCCAAUCUUAGAUCAAUCUCAAAGACUGAGACUGCAGAGAAGCAAUCAUUCACAUCACAGGUGCAGUCGUCUGGGAUUGAAAAGCCUCUCGCUGAUCCCCAAAUGGCAAGGCUGUCCCAUCAAGGAGACAGUUUUAGAGGGUUUCAACUCGGAAGCACUGGCCAAUCAUCCCACACUGAACUAACAACCCCCAAAGUUACCCCAGGUGCUACCAGACUGCGGCAGAGACUACAGAACAAUGCCCGAGUGGUCACGCCACAGCAGAUGCGUCACACCGAGCUUCGCCAGGCUAAGGUGCAAGAAGCCCUGACAGAAAUGCUAGAGGAAUCCAACGGCAUCAAAGACAAUGACAUCGGCCCUUUUUACGGUCUACCCAGCAAGGUCGCUGAGUUGUUAAAGUCCCAAAGAGGAAUAAACAAGCUGUAUGACUGGCAGCAUUCUUGCCUAACUCUCCCGGCCAUCCAGGAAGGCCGCAAUCUCAUCUACUCCUUGCCCACUAGCGGAGGCAAGACCCUUGUUGCUGAGAUACUCAUCAUGAGGCAGUUGCUAUGCAACAAGAAGGAUGCCCUGCUCAUACUGCCAUUUGUCUCCAUCGUGCAGGAGAAAGUGGUCUCCCUGUCGACCUUUGCCAUUGAGCUAGGCUUCCUGGUGGAAGAGUAUGCCGGGAGCAAGGGUGCCAUUCCACCCCGCAAACACAGAAAGAAGAAGACGCUCUACAUCGCAACCAUUGAGAAGGCCCAUAGUCUAGUCAACAGUCUCAUACUAGAGGGUAGGGUUGAGAGUCUGGGGCUAGUCGUAGUCGAUGAGCUUCACAUGUUAGGAGAUGGAGGGCGUCGCGGGGCCAGCCUAGAAGCCUGCAUCGCCAAACUCCUCCACCUAAACUCCGCCCACAUCAUUGGGAUGAGCGCCACUCUGAGUAACAUCCAGGACCUCUGCAUCUUCAUGAGGGCCGAGGUCUACUGCAGUGACUUCAGACCCGUGGAGUUGAAGGAGUACAUCAAGAUUGAGGAUAACAUCUUUGAGGUCAACCAGUCAGCACUGUGCCCAGAUGACAGAUUCACUCAUUCCAGAAUACUCACUUUCCCAUACACACAGUCUAUGCGCAAGAACGACCCCGAUCAUCUGGUGGGUCUAGCCCUGGAGGUCAUCCCCGUCCACUCCUGCCUCAUCUUCUGUGCCACCAAGAAGAGCUGCCAGAACGUGGCUGAAUUCAUCUGCAAACACAUGCCCAAGAACGAAGCCAAGAAACUGAUGCAUCACAGACAGGAGGAGAAACGCAUCCUGCUGCUGUCCCUGCGACGAGAGUGCGACAACCACCUGUGCCCCACCCUCAAGCGCACUGUCCCCUAUGGACUGGCGUACCACCACAGCGGGCUGACCAUGGACGAACGCAAGCUGAUCGAGGACGCUUACUCCGACGGCACGCUGUGCCUGCUGACGUGCACAUCCACGCUUGCUGCGGGGGUCAAUCUACCAGCCAGGAGAGUGAUCUUAAGAAGCCCUUACAUCGCCCAAGAGUUGUUAACCAGCACACGGUACAAGCAGAUGGUGGGCCGGGCAGGGAGGGCAGGCAUCGACUCAUCAGGGGAAAGCAUACUCAUCAUCAAGCACAAGGAGAAGAAAGAGAUUGCAGAGUUAUUGAGUCAACCCAUAGAGGCUUGUUAUAGCAGUUUGACCCACGAUGACGGCAAAGGGAUCAGAAGCCUGAUUCUGACGCUAAUUGCUCUCAAGCUCACUAUGCACCGCAAAGCAGUCCUGGAUUUCAUGAAUCAGACGCUCUUUGGCAUUCAGGCCUCACGCACGGGGAGCGAUGUCAGCACCCUGACGUCAGAGGGCCUCGGACAACUCCUCGAGCUGAAACUGGUCAGUGAGAAGCCAUGCGAUCAAUCCCAGCAUGCAGGGGAGCCUGAGUUGACAGUCACUAAACUUGGUCGAGCAGCUUUCAAAGGUUCUAUCGACAUUGACCUGUGUGCCUCCAUCUACGUUGAUCUGAAGCAGGCCUGUGACGAGGGACUUGUCCUAGCCAACUCACUACAUCUCCUGUACCUGGUUACGCCCUAUGACCUGGUGUCCAUGAGCAACCCCAAUUGGGUCAUAUACGACAGACUGUAUUCCAACUUGAAUGAUGGUGAUCUGCGAGUUGCUGAGCUGGUCGGAGUGACAGACAAGUACCUCAACUUCAAAGUGGCAGGCAGGAAAACCCACAGAACUAACGAAGAAACGGAUUUCCACGUCCGUCGUUUCUACCUGACCCUGAUGCUGUGGAUGAUCUUGAACCAGACUGGCAUCUGGGACGUGGCUGCCAAGUUUGAAGUCCCCAGGGGGUUUGUCCAGAACUUGUUCACCUCCGCUGCGAGUUUUGGUUCCAGCAUCCAGCGCUUCUGUGAGGAUCUUCCAGAGUUCUGGGCCUACCAACAGCUUCUUACAAAAGUUGUGUAUGACUUGACCUACUGUGCCACAGCUGACCUGGUGUCGUUACUGGAAGUUCCCGGUGUCAAACAGGGCAGAGCUAAGCAACUGGUCAGAGCUGGUUACAAGACCAUACGUCACCUGGCUCAUGCUGACCCCAAACAGUUGGUUCAAGAGGUAGAACAUCUGCCCAAGAGAGUGGCCCAGGAGAUCGUUGCAGCUGCCAAGAUGGAGCUUGCUGAAAGAGCAGAGGCAUUAAGGGAAGAAGCGGAAGAAUUGGUCACCAAACCAGAAGAUGAAAAGGAGAUGAUCAUGGAAGAUGAGCCAAGAGAGAUAGGGGAUAGCAGCUGGGCUAGACACUCAAACACAGGAAUGGUAGCCGGACAAGUCCAACAGGCACAAGGAUCGGUUGCCAGGCUGGACCAGCAGAUAGAAGAACAGCAACCAGGCUGAGACCAACUGACACAGUGAAUUAGCGUCAGGCUGGACCAAUAGACUUGGGAAUUGGUUGCCAGGCUAGACCAACAAAGAGAGGAACAGCGGCUGGGCUAGACCAACAGACACAGGAAUGACUAUUGGGCAGAACCAACAGACACAAAAAUUGGUUGCCAGGCUAGAUGGGCAGACUGAGGAUUGGCAGCUAGGCUAGACCAACAGACACAAGACUAGGUGGCUAGGCUAGACCAGCAGACAGAGGAACGGCAGCUGGGCUAGACUAACAAACGCAGUGUAGGUACAGCCAGGCUUGACCGACAGACAAAGUCAGUGAAGGGACAGCCGGGACAAACCAACAGACAAAGGAAUGACAGCUGGGCUAGACCAACAGACACAGGGAAUAGUGACUAGGCUAGACCAGUAGACACGGGUCAGAUAAAUGCCACUACUUUUUGACCUGUAAAGGGGUCUGUAACCAGUCCAUUUAAGAUUUUACUUGCAGAAGUGGAUGAACUUUUAUUGAAGUCAAAUAAUGCAUAGUCACCUCGCAAAUUAUAAAAAUGUACCACAGCUGCUCAAAUUACAAAAUGAAAUAAGAUAUGUGAAUUGUUCACUGAAGAAUUUAGAUUUUCAAUGAACUUUCAGUGAACAGCAUCUGUGAUGUAUCCAGAACAUGAAAAUUAGACCAGUCCUAAGAAUGAGAGAUUUAGCAGACUCGCGUUUGUAGACUUGGUGCAAGAUUUCUGAAGUUUCUAUAUUCGCAAAAUAAUUUUCUAUUCAAUUUAUUUACAGACUUAUCUAUAUUGACAUCACAAUCUGUUAAAGUUCAGUUUUUAUCAGCGACAUUCUCAGCUCAAAAUACUGACACAGUGUUCCAAAAGACGGAAGGAACAAGAACUUGAAAAACAAACAGAUCUUGAACAUCCUAAUAAGGUUACAACAACCUUUUGGAUGACCUGGAAUAAACUUUAUUCAUGUAUCUCACGAAAGUUAAUCCUUCAAGAGUAGUCUACAAAUAAAGGGCUAUCAAGCAUGUAUCCCAAACCAAACAAUUUUGAAAUCCUGGAACGAUGUUUAUUCUGGUGCAGUUAUCAGAGGUCCGUUUGGCAAACAAACCGGAGUAAUGCAUUGUGAUUGUAAUUCCAAGGAUUCUUAUUUGUUCAAGAGACCCUUGGAGUCCUUAUUACUUGAUGCGAUUUGAAAGUGGUAUAAUCAUCAUUGUGUGCUGCCUAGGCUCCGUUUGGCAGCAAGAUUUGCUUAGACUAGCGCAGAUUUUUCAAGCAAUUGAGCGAAGUCAUGACGGAAGUCUGGAUUUCUUGUUCAGAGGUUGCAUCAUGAUUUCUAUCAAUGCCCACAUAUUGAACAUUUAGAGAAAACAUGCUCAAUUUCAUAAUAAAGUUCCAACAGUGACGUUUGAUUUAUACAAUUUUUUUUUAUGCUGAGCACUUAACGUAAAUGUUGUCAAUGUCUCAUUUGGUGGUGUUAUUUUGUCAGUAAUGGCCUUCACCACAGACAUGCUCGCAAGGGAGCCCUCCUUCAUGGAACCAGCAAGCUUUGUCCUGCCAGGGAGACCGGAAAUUUGCUGAUUUGCACAAUUGUUCAUCAAGGAAUCAUAAAUAUAAUGAACUAACCAUCCUCGGGUAAAAGCUUCGCCGAGCAAGCGUGUCAUAUCUGUCAGCGGUUGCUCGGAAACAGCACUAGACAGGAUGAGAUAGUGGGUCGCGGUUUACAUCAUAUCAUGCGAAUAGCACGUGUGCUAAUCAUCGGGCAUGAUUAAUGCACAGACAUAAGAAUGACGUUGACGUGACAAGGCACACAAUAAAAAGUACAAGCAACUUCCAUGGAAAAGGGUACCCCUGAAUAAUCGGUGUUCAGUUUCUAGAAAUAAUUUCUCGAUUAAAUAACAGAUACGGAGGUCACUAAGAGACACUUCAGGAUUAUUUUUGUUGAGAAAGUUUGGAUGCAACAAAAAUUUUAAAUUACCACUUAUUAGGUUUCUUCAAAACUUAUUGGAUUUCGUACAGUUUUUCAUUUGGCAAAAAAGACCCAACAAAACAUAAUGCCAUUGAAACUCGAGCUAUCAAUUACAGUUUGCAAGACUCCAAAUUACGUUUGGAACUGAAACACUGCCAUCAGAUUUGUGUCUCAAUUUUAGGCAUCUACAAGCAAAUGGCCAAGGAAUGAUCUACGCAAGUGGUGGAGGUGAUGAAUAACAUCUGUCUACUCAUUUCUCUCCCACCCCGUCUAAUUGGCUGAAUGUCCUAACAUGUAACUACAUGCACACGUGGGCUUCCAAUUAAAUCCUGUGUAAUGAGGCCAUUCGCUAAUCUAUCAAUCUGACGUUCAUCAGCAGCCCUGGUUUUUUUUGUGCCUGAAAUUUCUCCUCAAAAGUUCUGGGAAUAAAAUAGUCAUGUCGCAUUCUGAAUAAUUGGUGACUGUGUUUUGGAUUUAGAUUUACCUCAUCAUUUAUUUCCUAUUGUAAUGUGUAUUUAUUGAUAUAUACAGGUUGAUAAAUGAAUGCUUAUUACAUUGAUGACGCAUUUGAGUGCUGUCAUGUCAAGUUUAAUAAGUGGCCAUCACUCUUUUUCCCUUCUUUUUUUUACAAGCAUGCAAAUGUGCACCAGGGGAAUCAGGGGGCCAUGUGCGCUUCUCAACAAUUUCAAAAACGAUGCUAACAUCCAUCACAGAAACAUCACAUGUUUAUUUCAGUUGGUUCUGUUAAGAGGGAGUCUCGAAAGGAAGAACUCUUUGUAUCCUUGUAAAAAUGAUGAAUAUAAUGAAUGACCUCUAUCAAAGACCACAAUCAGGUUUAUCUUGUUACCGAUAAGACGUGCUGAGCAUGUAAUAUUUGAAAUAUGUAAAUAAAUUUCAGUGAAUGCACAUUCCUUUUUUUUACCCCAGCGAAUGGCAUAAUUGGAGAGUCCUUAUUCAGUUAGCAUAUGGUUCAUUAUCGGUAACAUGUUUAAGAGUCUCAGCAGACUUUCUGUGUGUGGCUAUGUCUGAAUUGCUUGGCUGUGGCUUGAAACCACACAGACUCUAUAGGACGUAGCUGCAGUCACAAGCAUAGACUUGUGUGUAAUGUUUAGCCACAUCCAAGUAAUUCAGACACGACCUCAUUUCAAUUAGGGACCCAUUUCAUAGAGCUGCAAACUGCUGAAAUUUGCUCAGCAAAUAAAUACAUACUUAGCAAGAACAGGUUACCAGCCCAAAAGUUAUGCAACGAAUAAACAGAUUGUGACUGGUUUUUGACUAGUUUCUCCACAGCUCUGCGCUGCUUUCCUCAGACCAUGCUCCAAGCACAUGUAGCCGUGCAAAAUUAAGCCUUGGACUGAUACCACUCAGAAAACUUCUACUGUGCGCGUUUCGUAGAUAUGAUCCCAAAACCUUGUUUGCUCCUUCAUUCAAGCACGACCAAACAUUAACCAGACUUGUAAGUCUGAGGACAGCCAGUCCACAAUUUCAUUUUCCAGAGCUAAUGGCCCAGAGACACUAUUUGGUGGUGCAUAGAUGGAGCACUUGUGCAAAGUGUUGUGGUGGUCUGGGUAGCCCUUCUAUUACAGGCAUUGGAGCAAGCAAUACCAUUGUCUUGUGGAGGAACUGCUGGAUGCAUCGUACACCCAACCACAGGGGGUCGAGGUUGACCCAGGCUCCGCGAUGGAGGAUCCUGGUGACAGCGUAAAAUAACAGAUCCAUGUGUAUAUUUCAAGUAUUUCUUGAGAAUUUCUAAUAUGAAAUUAUCACAGAUGCAGUGAAACCGUCACGUGCAAGGAACUGAUUAUGUAUUGCAUACAUGUACACUGUUGUUCCAAUGGCUUGUCAUAAUACACAAAAAUGUAGAACUGAUGUAUUGUAUAUUUACUAUUCCACGGGGCUGCCAUAUCACAUGAAAUAUGAAGAAGACAUGAGUUGAGAUCUCAUGUACAUGUAGCUUAUCUCACUCUUGAUGGCUUGGUUCACUUGUUUUUGGAGCUGUGCUGUCACGGUAACUGAGAACAAAUUAUAACACGUCAAAAUGAAUUGGUCACAGAGAAUGAGAAUUGCGUAGAAUCGUAAUGAAAAGUGUAUGAUGUAAUUCAUGUUUGAAUGUAAUGCCAGGUUGGGUUGUAUUAUUCAUUAAGAUUAAUGUAAGGUCUCAGUAUCUCUGGAGGGACGUCAGAUUUGCUGGGGACGACAUGAAAGAAACCUUGAAAAAAAAAAGACAUCAACCAUCAAUUAACCUGACAGAAGUAGGUCACAAAUGAAUUCAAGAGGAAAUCGUAAGAUGAAGAGAUAUAGGAGUCCCCUUUAGGCCAUAUAAAAAAAAUUAGUUGGUGAUCAUCCCCUUCCGCCCCUAAGAAAUACACCCUCCCCCAAUUUAAAAAAAAAAUGUUUAUUGAUUGAAAAAAAUGGAAAAACAGCCUUUUGGAUGAUCCCACAUUCAACUUUGAAAAUUGAGCAGCCGGUGAGGUGGCAACCACAAAAGCUUUGUACAUUGUGGUUGCAGCCAAAGCCAGUAAUUCAGAUAUGGCCUCUCUGCUGCAAGCUGGGUCAUGCAAUACUCAAUAGCGGCAGCCAUUCCAGAUACUUAUUCCACUUCACAGCUAGAUCUACAGCACCGUGACCCACUUUGAAAAAAACUCCUAUUUUUCCCUGGCUGUACAACCCCAAUCUCCUUUUGUGGUGAAUGACUUGCCAGUGUAAGACAAUUUCGUAAAGAAGAUAAAUAAAACUCAGUUUAGUGAAGAAACUGCUCUUUAUUUAAUAUUUUCCAAUCCAGCAAAGAUGUACCUUGAGCCGAAUACACAAAAAAGCUCCAAGAUUGAAAGAAAUAAGGAAUGCUCACCACUUAUUUUUAUGUGGCCUUAUCCUUGUAACCACCCCCCCCCCCAUCGUCCUGUUGCACGUUGGUAUCCGUGGACUGCAUCAACGGUAAUCAUAGCAUGGUAUUUGAUAUUUGCAGUCUUCAAUGCAAUUACAACGUGUAAAUAAAACUUAUUCUUACAUCUUGUCUUCCAACUUUCUGAUUCUAGUCUUCUUGUGGUAUUGAGAUUUUUUUUCAAGAAACCAGAGAGGAUCUAGAACAGUUUUAUUAUUCAGUUUUACAUCACUCUGCGCUAGCUCAAAAAGUCAAGCUCUGUGGCUCACUAGAGCUGGGUUUUUCAAGCUAUUAAACUCCAAAUAACAGACAUAUACGUAUCGAUCUGCUGCAAAGAAACGAAAGCUUGACCUGUAUCUCAGGAAAUCCCUACAUGUGAAUAUGUAUUUACUUCCCUGUGUUUCAAAUAAACAUAGUGCAGUUGGGCUAGCACAUGUGUCAUGCUAUGUCCUUUAUUGUAUUUAAUGAAAACUGACGUAAGUACAGGUUCUGGUCCCCACCGUUGUGCAUGGACUACAAAUGCUUCACUUUAGGAUUGUUAAGAUGCACGUACAAGGAUAUUGCCAUUUUCCUGAUCCCUGUAUGAAGUUCACCAUGUUUACAUUUUAGGAAUCAAGACCUGGGAAAGCAUUAAAUUGGCAUAACAAGAAUGAAGUAGGCUGGCGAUAGGUCCCUCACCCUCCUUCACAGACUUUGAAAUACCAAGGAUGGGCAAGGAACCAGUCUAGCAGACAGAUUUUCCCAGCUUGUGUAUAUUUGCUGGUCAUCUUGGGCUGCAUCCAAAUGGUGUUUCUGUCAUUGGAAACAAUACAUGCGCACUUAUCACAGCUACAUGUACUGCCUGGUAAUGCGGACACGGCCACACAUUAGAAACCCUUGCACUAAAUUAGGUGUCCCCAGGUCGACAGCGGUCCUAUUUGGCUUAAGCCAAAACUCCACAGUCGCAUACAGAGUUAUGAGAAAACUCUUGUAAAGCUAUUCAUGGGAAAAGUUUAAUUUGGAAAAGUCUCUGGUGAAAAAGUUACAGUAGGCAGUUCAGAGCAAGUAUAUUAUGGAAAGUUUGGCUUGAAAUCUAAAUGGGGAAGUCACAAACUUUUCCUGUCAACCUUUGUGUACUAAUCCUUAACAGUAUUUGUCUUCUGGUUUGAUAUUUAUCGGUAGUGUGAAUUUUAUUGGACAUACAUAUGUAUUUUACAUUUGAUAAGCAUUGAUGUGGAAGCAAAAUAAAGUGAAUUCAUGGAGUGACACUUCAUCAUGUUAGUAGUCAACUAGUUUCAAGUCAAUUUACAGUGUACAUCUUUCAAAAAGAAGCAGCAUGAGAGUUCGAUCGAGUAGACCUAAUGGAGUAGUAUAAAUCUAGCUUUAAGAAAGUUAAUUUUACUGUGAAACAGAAACACCACAGGAACCCUGGGAUAGUGCUAACCUCACUGGCUUUUCUCUAGUUUAAUUCUAAUUUAAUUAUAUCCCUUUAAAUGUCAAAGAAUGCUGAAGGUAUUCAACUUGAAGAGACUGCCUUGACUUUCAAUCAGGACUCAACAAGGGAAACAAUCCUUAUGAAACCAUUUAAAUUCUUUAUUGAAAAACUUAUCAGUGGCUGCUAAAACCACCACCAUCAGUGCAUUACUGGAAAAUAACAAUAUCUGAAUUACCUUAACCUUAUUUACACUAAAUACACUGGUUGAGAUGACCUAUGUCCACAGUGAAAAUACUUAUAACUCCAGUUACUCAACUGCAAUCAUCUCAUAGUCUUUAACACGAAGGCUUCUUUUUAGAAACAACCAGCGAAACAAGUAGACAGUACUGCAAAGUCUUUGGAAUCACACACGGUUUGAAAAACAAAUGCACUAGUUAUUGGAAUUCACGUAAAAUUCAGGCCCUGUUACCACCAGAAUUUUAUUGCAUUUUAUCCCCGACAGCUUUCCUCAAGCCACACCACAAAGUCUACGGGGAGGGUUGAGACACUUGGGAUUUCAGUGUCCAGGUGAAAUCUCACACAUGUCCAAAAAAUGGCCAGCACUGCCAACUGCCUUAGUAUGGGCCGCAUUACAUUUGUGAAAAUAGGUGGUGUUCUGAAUCCAAAUUAGUUUUUUUUAAAUUUGCGUAUGAACAUGUGCGUGUGUGUGAGCAGUUUAUCUUCCCCUGCUCUUCAAGAUACUCUGGACUACAUCAAGUUGUGAAUAACGUCCUUUGUUCUUAUUUACAUUUUUUAUUCAAAAAGUGUUACUUUUGGUUGCAUAUAAGGUAUAGUUAAAAACCGUUACAUGUAGUACUAUCAAAGGUGCUAUUAAGGCAAGCUGGAAUACAACCUUUCAUCUUUGGACUUACAGACACAAGUUUUCUGCUUUUACUUUUUAAGCAAUGAUCCAAAUAACUGAAGAUAAGAGCAAUCAAAAGGCAAGGAACUUAAACCAUCAGAAUUCAACCCUUAAUAAAAUUGAAACCCAGCUUUUCUAGUUUCUCUGUUCAUACUCUUCUUGAACAGCACAAGUCAAGGAAAUAAAGCUGUGGAAGUAAAGCCAAGGUAAUAUAAACAUAAAGGCUAGUCAGCAUAUUUGUUUUUUCAUACAUCUCAGUUUAUACAAGACAUUUGGAACAUUUCCAAAAUGCACUAUAAUACAAGAAAAUACCACACAGAUUUCCUGCAUUCUAUUCGGGCUCUCCCCCUUGAGCAUUUGUAAUAAAUAAUAAGCUAUAAAAAGACAAGUACUAGGAAUCCCUAGCUAAGCCAAAGUAAUGAAAAACAGUGGCGAAUAAUAUAAGAAAACUUGAAACCUGCACUAACUUCCACUGACAGAAACAGAAGAGCAAGAAAAAUGCAACAACGUAAAUACAAAAAAAAGAGAGACAGAAACAAUGACUCCCCACAUCCAAUGUGUUAUACCACUGGCUGCUAUUUAAACUGAAAGAGCACUAAUUUCAAUACAACAAAAUAAACAUUUUAGGCGAGCAAACAGAGAUAAAUAUAUGUACAAAAAUAACAACUACACAUGUACAAAAAUAUCGACAGCAGUGCCAGACUUGUACCAGGCAGCCAUUACACAAAACACUGCAUGAUAACUUGGUAUGGAAGCUGCAUUAUAUAAAUCACACACAUCCAACAGCAAGGUACAUGUACAUCUACCAGUAACUGAUGCAUCAAAUACUACGAAUAACUAGUUCUGUUGACUUUAAGAAUUGAACACUUGGAUUCAACUUGCUGUUCUCCUCCAACACCGUAUUGAAAUACGAUACUGGAGAAUUCAGUUGUGACUUGAUCAGAGGAAAUCAGAAAACAUUUUUCAAGACAAAAGGAGGAGGAUUUGAGGUCACAUGACAGUACAUCUAAGAGAAAAACAGGAGCAUUUCACUCCGUAAUGUUAGACUUGAGAAACACUUAGCAAUAACAAAUUUUAUCAGAUGUACAGUCAGCUGUUGUUAACAUCUGAUUUUAAGGGUUUUUUCCUUAACCUGGGGUUUUGUCAGAUCUAGUUCGUAUGCUUAUAUUUAAUAAAAGAUAAAAUUUCCUUCCCUAUCCAAUCCAAAGAGAACUAUUUGUAAGUCAUUUCUUUUGAAAAACAACUUCUCCAACAUUGAAUAAAUUUGUCCAAACUGGAAAGACAGUAAAUGAGUACUGAUAAAUUACCACAGCAAAGAGUGUUUACGAAAAUUUUGAAGUCAUUUAUAAUGUUUUGCAAUAUCUUCACACCAGGCUCCAUUACAGAAAACCUUUGACCAGAAUGGUUAGAUUUACUGGAAACCCAAAUUCUUCAUUUGUCAUUUCUGGAGAGACACACUCAACCUAGUACCAGUGUUGUUAUUAAAUCCACUCUGUCGGCUUCAUUGGUAUCACAGGGCAAUCACACAAGUCCAGACUACCACAUUUUUUCUCGGAAACAUUUUCGUUCUGUUUCCUGUUUGCAAUCAACGGGCAAUUGAUGUUUGCAGCACUGUAUAAAAGCAGUUCAUUUACAGAAAACUGUACCAGGUUGCGAUCAGGAUAAUGUAUCGCAGCAUGAACAAUUACCCCCAAUAUGUACCGACGUAACUCAGAUGAAGUUUGCAAGAUGAAUUACAAAGAAAGGUAUGCUCCAAAAACAAAAUUGCAAUAUUUGGUUACAAAAGUGUUCAAGAAUAACUCCCUCAUUUUGAAUUGCACUGAAGGGGUUGUGCAUCACCCUUAUGCCAUCAAUUCACCUUUGAUGUCUUACACAGGAUGACAUCUUGGAAUUAUAAUCUGACUCACCAAGCACUAAGCCUCAAGUGUCUUGGUCGUGCCCAGUACAAAUACAAACGGCACUCUGGACAGGUUUUAAUCAACAUCCUUUACCCAUCUUCAAAUGCACCAAACACCAGUACUGCGAAUGUCCAUUCAACCAAUUCUGCAGAAUUCUCAUAAGUGGUCAACAUCCAUGGUGACCAUGGAGACAGUGUAGAGAUGCUGACAUCCAUCAACACAUAGUGAUUCUAACAGUGCAUGCUUUAGAGCAUGACAGCAUCUCCCUUUAAGGGGAUUUCCUCCCUGAAUCUAACAGACACCUUGCUCAGACCUCAUUCUAUAUGUUAUAUUUAUCAGUAGCUUUCUUAUGCAGUCUUGUAAAUUUUUACUUUUGCCAACUCACAGCUGGUAAGUCAAAUUGCUUGACACUGACUGCCAAAUCCUCUCCGAUCCUUCUGACAUCAAGCAGGAGGUUUGGGAGAAUCUGCAGGACACAGAAAGAUGGGACUCAGCCAUAAUUACACUAAGUACCACGUGGAGUAAUUGUGACUGCAGGUGCUUUAUGUUCUCAAAACAAGAAAGCACCCAUCCAGAAUGGCUUCCUCAGCUCCCAAACAGGUCCAGAGAGUUGCAAUCAAUUUUCUGGCCGAGUGAAUUUUCUGGAAUAUUCCUGGCCAUUGCUGGAGUAGUCUUUGAAGCCUACAGGCCUAAUUGCACUUAAUUCUUCCCCAGACAGCAUGGCAUUCAUCACCACAUCCAAUCCUAGAGGCAGCACCAGAUUAAACUCCACAUUCAUCAUGCACAAAUUACGAGGGUAUAGAAGACCGAAUCUGAUGCCGGCAUGACUUGUCCCAUUGAGUCAAUUUAUGACAUGACUAUCUCUGGCCAGAAAAUCAAGCUGCUGUACUAAAUGAGUGUCAGAUGGAUUGUUUUUAUAAGGUAUCUGUCUUAACCCCACUGUCCAGUUUUCUCCUCAAACACUUGGAUCUGUAUUCAACUAUUUAAAAACUCUUUCAUGGAUGUUACUCUGCCUGAGGAUUUUUGUUUAACUGGAGUGCACAGGCAACCAGUAGUUGCCUGGGCAACCAGUUGUAAACAGUUGUCAAAGGAUGAUUUUAACUUCUAGGAAAUCGCUCAUGCAGGACAUUUUAGGCUACCAGAUUACUAUGAUUACAAAGAGCUCAUAGGUAAAGUACACCGACAGGCAAUCAAAAGGCACAGCUUUCCACAUUCUGUUCUAUUUUUUUUUUCCCCAAGAAAUAUGGCCUGACCAAAAUCAGAAGACAAAGUCACCACUGAUGCAUGAAGCAAAUGAAAUCCUUUCCCCUCAACCUUUUUUUGAACAGGGGAUUUAUGGUUUGUUUUAUUAAAACUGGUACUGGUUAAAAAGUACCAAUUUCUCAGAAUAAAUCGUUCGUAUAUUUUAAAGAGUUACAGUGUAUCAAGCAUGAAACAUUUCCAAGUCCAAUGAUUCACCGGUGAUGCAAUAAAAAACACGAAUAAAUACAUUAGUUAAGAGGGGAAAAAAGCUUAUUAAAAACUCUUACAAGAAGUUAUUCCUCUAAUCCCUCAGUCUGAAUUGCCUCAUAAAAAUAAUGAACUUUCGCUGUCAGGCACCUGUCAAACUCUGUGUAGUUUGGAUUUAGUAUAUUUGCCGAGAUCCUGGAUCUAGAUUCUUAGCCCAAAAGAGUUGCAGGGAACAUGAAGAGCAAAUAUGGGUGAACAAUGGGUGAUAAGAUACCAAGGACAGAUGAACACCUGGGCUAAACCCUUCCCGUUGUGGCUGAAAAUUAUCAGGUACUGAUUAAGAACUUAAGAUCAGGGCAGUGUGAAAAUCGUAACAUAUGAAAAAGUCGAGAGACCAAGUUUCUGUUGCUGUCUAAAUCACAAUGAUUCUUUAAAGGAUUAAUAAUUUAGAAUGUGGGAUUAAAUAAAUCAAGUAAUGUAAGUUACCAGGGAAAAACUUUCAAGCCCCCUUCCAAAGUAAAGAAAUAAAGAGCAAAGGUACAAAAAAAAAGAAUAAGAACAAACUAUAAACUAGAUAUAUACCACGUAGAUGAAUUAGGAAAACUCCAAUAGUUUUCUGGGGCGUUCCUUCCCACUGCAACUUUUGCUUGAGGACUCAUGGAUUUUGAUAAAUUGACCCUUUUCAAGAUCUCAAGUGAAGUGCUGUGCAUUCUUUUCUGUUCAAUUAUCUAAAAAUUAAGACGAAACAUGAUUACAAAGUAACCUGUUACUUCAGCUCUGAUACAAGCAUUUUCUGGCACAAAAUGCAUUUCUGUGAUGACAUCAUGAUCUUAGAAGAGAAUUCUCAUGUGAAAAUUUGCCUCAGCGUGCACUAGGAAAAUGCACACUUAGGAACAGAAAUAUCAAUCAAAUUAUCCAAUAAGAGCUAAUUAUCAAUGUAAUUGGUUUUACUCUCCACGUGUGUUUCUCAAAAACCAGAGUUCACAAGCACAAUUGCCAACCACUUUACCGUGCAAUGAAAUAUGACGACUGAAAUCGAUAAAUUCACGCAAAGCAUGGAUUGGAUCCCCCCAAAAAACCAGCCAUCUGCAUUCACAGCUGGUACCACACUCCACCCCAACAAGAUGAAACAGCUGGUGUGACUCCCAUGGGUUUGACUCCAAACCAUGAGCUAGAGAGUUGACACGGUCACGGCGCAAAUCUUUUGAGCAACCAGCAUGACGUAUCGCAUGCCAGGUGUGCUGGCGCGUGGGAAUCUGCCUUACCCUUUACGUCCCACCCGUACGCGUGCCUGGGAGUCACGGAUGUCUGUCUUUCUGGUAUUUCAAAAUCUGGCUGGUGGCGACGGCCUGCAAGAACCUUGUUGGUGAUAUUUAUAGGUUUACAGUCUGAUGCUUGGGCCAAUGAUGCUGAUGAUGUUUAGGAUUCUCUGCAAAUCCUCAGACCAAAUUCAGAAAAGCGUACAGCCGGUAAAAUAGUCACAAAAGGUCAGGCAAAGGCCAGCGUGGCUCCAACCUUUUCACCCAAACUAUGACAACUUUUUGGCUUGUCAGACAGCAAUGAUUAAUUAAUAACCAGCUAUCCUUCAACCAAGUAACAUAAGUAUAAAAAAUAACCCCCUCAAUCACAGAACAAAGAUCAUACAAGCAAGUCUAAAUUUGGUGUUCAUUCACCGGGGAAAACAGAAACGUCGUCAUA